CUCAUGGUGGUCCCAUGUGGAGAUGGGUCCCCCUGACCCCAUCCUGGGGGUGACAGAAGCUUUCAAGCGUGACACCAACUCCAAGAAGAUGAACCUGGGUGUGGGGGCGUACCGGGAUGACAACGGGAAGCCGUACGUCCUGAACUGUGUUCGCAAGGCGGAGGCCAUGAUAGCAUCCAAGAAGAUGGACAAGGAGUACUUGCCCAUCGGGGGGCUAGCGGAUUUCACCCAGGCAUCUGCAGAACUGGCUCUGGGUGAAAACAGUGAGGCUUUCAAGAGCGGCCGGUAUGUCACUGUGCAGGGUAUUUCUGGGACUGGAUCUCUGCGAAUCGGAGCCAAUUUUUUGCAACGGUUCUUCAAGUCUAGCCAUGAUGUGUAUCUACCCAAACCAUCCUGGGGCAAUCACACACCCAUUUUCCGUGAUGCUGGCCUGCAACUUCAGGCUUACCGCUACUACGACCCCAAGACGUGCAGCCUUGACUUCUCUGGAGCCAUGGAUGACAUUUCCAAAAUUCCAGAGAAGAGCAUCAUCGUCCUGCACGCUUGUGCUCACAACCCCACCGGGGUGGAUCCCCGGCAGGAGCAAUGGAAGGAUUUGGCAGCUAUGGUGAAGAAACGGAACCUCCUCGUGUACUUUGACAUGGCCUACCAAGGCUUUGCCAGCGGAGACAUCAACCGGGAUGCCUGGGCUGUGCGGUAUUUCAUCGAGCAGGGCAUCAACGUCAUCUUGUCACAGUCCUACGCCAAGAACAUGGGGCUGUACGGAGAGCGUGCGGGUGCCUUCACGGUGGUCUGCACCGAUGCAGAGGAAGCCAAGAGGGUCGAAUCACAGCUGAAGAUCCUCAUCCGCCCCAUGUACUCCAACCCACCCCUGAACGGAGCCCGCAUCGCCUCUAUCAUCCUGAACACCCCUGACCUUCGGAAGGAGUGGCUCGUGGAGGUGAAGGGCAUGGCCGACCGGAUCAUCAGCAUGCGGACUCAGCUGGUGUCCAACCUCAAGAAAGAGGGAUCCUCCCACAACUGGCAGCACAUCACUGACCAGAUCGGCAUGUUCUGCUUCACGGGGCUGAAGCCUGAGCAGGUGGAGCGGCUGAUCAAGGAGUUCUCCAUCUAUAUGACAAAGGACGGACGAAUCUCUGUGGCGGGAGUUACAUCGGGCAAUGUAGGUUACCUGGCUCACGCCAUCCAUCAAGUCACAAAGUAAAGACACAGGUGUGCCCUGGAGCUGGUGGCCUUCCCUUCCCCACCGGUCGAAGAUGAGGAGGGAAAGGAAACAAGCAGAAUACUUCCAACCAUGGCACUUGAUGCUGCUGCUGAAUGUAUCUUGUAGAUAAGUUGUUGUAGAAGCCUAGUCAAAACCACCCUGCGUUGUGGAGCAGGGACAUCAUUGCCGGCUCCCGCUCGUCACAGCCGAUCUCCCCUGCUGUCCGUCCUUUGUCCAUCAGCCCCAGCACCCAUCUGCACUGGAGGAAGCAAAUGCUUAGUGCUGCCAUCCUGCCGGCGUAGGCACCAAAGGCUUCCCCACGCUCGUUUCUCCAUGAGAAGGCUUUGUGAGGCUGUUGGCCGCUGGCCCCAGUGGCAGCGGGCGGGGAGCUGGGUGGGCUGAGCGGGCGGGCUGCUCAGGUGCGCCCCUGCCACUUCCUUAGGCGGUCCCUGCUGCCAGCAGGCUCCAUCCUCCUUCGUCCUCCUGGCCCGGAGCUGGGCAGCGCCAAACCUGCCCGCCGACAACCAGCUCUGAGGUCUUCUCACUACUAAAAUCUGCUCCGUCGUUGGCCUUCGCUCUUCCCGUCUGGGAAUCUCCUUUCAGGUGUAAUUCACAGUGGCAUUUCUGUGGGGGGCAGACCCCUGUCCCUCCUUUAAACCUGCCUGUUCUGAUUUCACUCCCAUGCCCUGAGGUGAAAUGAUUUCUUGCCCCCAGCCCGUGCCCCCCCCCCAAUAAGAACCUCCUCUGAAAACUGCUCUCUGUUGGUCUCUGCCUCUCCCCGUUCCGGUACCAACCCCAGCCGCCCGGCCCUGUACCCCCAGCAGCCCUCCCUGCAAAGCAGAGUCUUUGUGUGUCUCCCAAAGCCAUGAGCCAAGAGGUGGGCCCCGCCAUGUCCACCCUCACGUGGGCGUGCGGGCUGUCCCUCUCAUCUGCUCUGUUCAGCCAAAUUUCCGGCAGCACCGGAAAACGGGAGGGAAAGAUCCUGAUGACUCAAAAAACACUCUCCUUUUAAACCGAGUGUCCCCGAGGCCCUGUGACUCACUGGACUCAUGAUUUUUAAUCCAAGUAAGCUGGCGCACAGCUGUUUUGAGCUGGGGACUCCUCCUGUCAUCACACAGCUGGAUCCUGUCCCCAGAUAUUCCCUGUCGGGGAUGUGCCAGCACAGGGCUUCUUGUAUGGCCAGCGAAACCCCGAUUUCCUGAGAAUCCCACGUAGAGAGAGGGCAGUUCCCACCCGUGUGCCUCAAGAGCACCGGGGGAGGGUGGGCUGAGGCUGCCCCAGGUGGGAGUCGGUGUCACGGAAUUGAAGCCUACGGGGUUGAACGUAGGUGUUGCCGGGCAGAGCGUGCGUUCCCAAAGGAACGGGAUGGAGCACGGCGGAGCUUCUUGCAGCAAGCGCAGCUGCCUCCCGAGGCGGACCCGGAGGGGUUACCUCCGAGCCUGCCUGAGCUUUCACCAGCCACUGGCACCUCUCCCCUUUGCGGCCGUACCAGGACAUUUAGCAGAGCGGUCCUCGUUUCUCAUUCCUGCCCAGAGCAGCCGUGUUCUCCCGGGAGCCGGGCCGGGCCUGUCUAGUGCGCGCCGUCGCCGUGCUUGCCGGCAGAGGAGGAGCUGCUUGUGCAGGCCGAGGAGGGCUGGAGCCUCCCGCUGCUCCCCGACAGACGGUUUGCACCUUAACGGCGACGGUUGUUUACGUGGCCCGAUGCCCGCAGCCGCUGCUUGCUCCCAUUUGUGCAAUAAACCCCUUUCCCUCCUGCUGCUGCUGCUGCCGCCGUGGGUGCUGCCCCAUGGCGCUGUGGGUUCUCGUGCGGUGGUCCCCGGUUCUGCGUGGCUCUGGAGCUGCCUCCUCCUGCCUCUCCUGGUUGCAAAGAGCCCUUUUACCUUGCGUUAGGCCUUUCUGCUGCCCGUUCUCUGUUACAAUAAAAGUAGAGCUGGAGCACA